GGUGUGAUCGCGGAGCGGGGCCUGGGCAGCGGCAGGACCGUAGGACCUCGCGCCGCGUUCCCGGGCUCCGGGGCGGGGGCGGCGGCGGCGGCGAAGCCCCCUCCCCGGGGAGGCGGGGCCCGGACGAGCUCCCCGGAGCGGGGGCGGCGGCGCAGGGAAGGAUGCACCAGAAGCUGCUGAAGAGCGCGCACUACAUCGAGCUGGGCAGCUACCAGUACUGGCCGGUCCUGGUGCCCCGCGGCAUCCGCCUCUACACCUACGAGCAGAUCCCCGUGUCGCUCAAGGACAACCCGUACAUCACCGACGGCUACCGGGCCUACUUGCCCUCCAGGCUGUGUAUCAAAAGUUUGUUUAUUUUAUCUAAUGAGACCGUCAACAUCUGGAGUCAUUUGCUGGGCUUUUUCCUCUUCUUUACCCUGGGAAUAUAUGACAUGACAUCAGUAUUACCUUCGGCAAGCGCGUCCAGAGAAGAUUUUGUAAUUUGUUCUAUUUGUCUUUUCUGCUUCCAGGUCUGUAUGCUUUGCUCUGUGGGCUAUCAUCUUUUUUCCUGCCAUCGAUCAGAAAAAACCUGUCGAAGAUGGAUGGCAUUAGAUUAUGCAGGAAUUUCUAUUGGAAUACUGGGAUGCUACGUCUCUGGGGUGUUCUAUGCAUUUUAUUGUAAUAACUACUGGCGCCAGGUGUACCUGGUCACCGCGCUCGCCAUGGUCCUGGCCGUGUUCCUCGCACAGACCCACCCCAGUUACCUCACGCAGCAGUGGCACAGGCUGCGCUCUGUCAUCUUCUGUUCCGUCUCGGGGUACGGAGUGAUCCCCACGCUUCACUGGGUCUGGCUUAAUGGAGGCGUCGGGGCUCCUAUUGUACAGGACUUUGCACCUCGUGUAAUUGUGAUGUAUGUGAUUGCUCUUCUGGCUUUCCUGUUCUACAUCUCCAAAGUUCCAGAGCGGUACUUUCCAGGACAACUAAACUACCUCGGAUCAAGCCACCAGAUAUGGCAUGUCCUUGCAGUAGUGAUGUUAUAUUGGUGGCAUCAGUCUACAGUGUACGUCAUGCAGUACAGACACAGCAAGCCAUGCCCGGACUAUGUUUCACAUUUGUGAAGGCAGGAAUGGCCGCCUGCUGUAUACAGUUGAAUCAGGAAUGAAGACUCA